GUACUUUUUCUUCAUCAUGGCAGCCGGAGGACCGUUCUUUCUCAUGCGCCUUGUGUCUUCGUCUGUCGCUGUGGCUAAUCGAGCCGGUGGAAUUAUCCGUAACAUACUUAAAACAGGCAGCCUUGGCGUUGUAGACAAGGGAGGCAAUGGAGAAUAUGACCCACAAACUGAAGCAGAUCGUGCAUCUCAGAAGUGUAUAAUUGCCUCACUCUUGAGAACAUAUCCAACUGUGCAAAUUAUUGGAGAGGAAGAGAAUGUUCAUUUAGAAGACAUGGAAGAAGAGUUUAUUGAAAUAUCUCAAGAUGAAGCAGUUCUUUCUAAAGCUUGUCCAGAAGAUCUCAUUGCAGUCAAGCCAGAGGAAGUUACCAUCUGGGUGGAUCCACUAGAUGGAACAAAAGAGUUUACAGAGGGUCUUUAUGACCACGUCACAGUUCUUAUAGGUAUUUCAUUAAAUGGCACGCCUAUAGCAGGAGUCAUCCACCAGCCAUUUUAUGGUCAUGAAAAUGAAACCCAAGGAAUUAAACUUGGAAGGACUAUGUGGGGUGUAAGAGGUCUUGGCACCUUUGGUUUUACCCACAUCCCCCCUCCCCCAGGACGAUGUGUCAUCACCACAACUCGCUCUCACUCCAAUGGGUUGGUAAUGGAAGCAAUAGAAGCAAUGAAACCUGACAAGAUAUUAAAGGCUGGUGGAGCAGGUUAUAAAGUGUUGUUGCUGCUUGAAGGGACUGCUGAUGCCUAUGUGUUUGCUAGCCCAGGGUGCAAACGUUGGGAUACCUGUGCAUGUGAGGCUCUCCUUGAGUCAGUAGGUGGUACUCUGACAGACGUGUGUGGAGAGCAUGUCACAUAUGAUCCUAAAGCAGAUAGCUAUGUGAAUAAAACUGGUGUGCUGGGAUCGCUAAAGGACCAUAAGUUUUAUGUAGACAUGAUCCCAGAAUCUAUUAAAAGUAAUCUGCGUGGAAAAUUGUAAUUUACUAUUUAAUGAAAUGAUUCACAAAUUAAACUUACUCACUCACACUGAA